AUGGACCUGAACUCACCCUCAGAGGUCAAGCAGAUUGUACCAUUCGAGGGGCUGAACAACAGCCUGACUGUUCAUGCUGAAGAGAAGGGGCAAGAGCUUUCUGAUCGGGGAAACUGGAAGGGCAAGUUCGACUUUCUGCUGUCCUGCAUCGGAUACGCCACUUACCUGGGACAUAUCUGGAGGUUACCCUAUCUGUGUGGGAAGAGUGGUAAUGUGCUUAUUGGGGUGCUGCUGGAAACUGCCUUGGGACAGUACACCUCAGUAAGAGGCUUAGGGGUAUGGAAACCUAUACCAAUGAUGAAAGGUGUGGGUCGGGCUGCUGCGAUUUUGUCCUUCUGGUUCAACAUUUAUUACAUCAUCAUCAUUGCCUGGGCACUCUGUUACCUGUUUAGCUCCUUCAGACCAAAGCUGCCACAGCAAAGCUGCAACAAACCUAGGAAUACUGAUAGAUAUUUUUACAUAUAUAGCCUGACAGACACCACUAACCUGAACAGCGUUGUCAUGGAGUUCUGGGAGAGGAACAUGCACCAGUUGACCGGCGGUCUGGAGGAGGCUGUUGGCUGACUCUUGCCCUGGAUCCUGUUCUACCUCACUAUCUGGAAAGGUGUGGAGUGGAGUGGAAAGGUGGUGUAUUUCUCUGCCACUUAUCCAUAUUUCAUGCUCUUCAUCCUGCUCUUCGCUCUCCCCGGGGCUAGGGAUGGCAUCCUCUGCUAUACCACUCCUGACUUCAACAAGCUUUUCAAAAUCUAAGGUAGAGUGUGGCUGGACGCUGCUACUCAGAUCUUCUUCUCUUAUGGUCUGGGUUUGGGUUCUGUCUGUGCUCUGGGGAGCUUCAAUGCCUUCAAUAACAAUGUCAACAGGGAUGCCAUCACGGUGUGCUGCAUAAACUCAGUAUUCACCACUAUGUUUGCUGGCAUUGUCAUUUUCUCCAUUGUAGGAUUCAUGUCCCACACCACCACCAAAAAAAAAAUAAAAAAAUCUAUUCAGGAACUAGCUGCCUCGGGUCCGGGACUGGUAUGUCUGGUGUACCCUCAGGCGGCCACUCAGAUUCCCCUGUCCUUCCUCUGGGCCAUUUUAUUCUUCCCCAUGAUUUUGAUGCUAGGACUGGAUAGCCAGUUCUGUGCUGUGAAAGGUUUGGUCACAGCUCUGAUAGAUGAGCACCCCACCCUCCUAAGGAAGAGAAAGAAGGAAUUCAUCCUUGUCAUCUGCAUUAUAGCCUUCAUCAUUCUCUUGUCCCAUUUCACACAGAGGUUCUAUAACAAUGUUGAUGAGAUGAUCGGCUAUCGAGCCCGUUGCUGGUGGAAGCCCUGCUGCCUUUAUUUCACCCUACUAAUCUGCCUGGGAGUCUUCACUUUCAAAGCUAUCGAUGUGACCCCACUGACCCCGGGCAGCUAUGUGUACCCAGAGUGGGGGCAGGGUGUCGGCUGGAUUAUGCUGCUCUCCUCCAUGGUGCUCAUUCCUGGGUACUUCGUCUACGGGUUCUUCAGCACUAAGGGCAACAUUCGCCAACACUGGCAUAUAAUGACCACGCCCUCCGAGGUGAUCCAGCCUGGAAGGAACAAAGACAAAGAUUCUGUCUGA